AAUCGACGUCAAAGUGACGCCUUGCUUGAAGCUUGUCCGCUGACCAUGUGGAGAGAGAAAGAGGAGAGAGAGGAGAUAAACAUGACUGAGAAAAGAGCGAGUAAAUAGAGAGAGAGAGAGAUAGAGACACAGGGGAGAAUGAAAAACUAGAUAGAGGAAAGAGCGAGAAAAUAGAGAGAGAGAGAGAGAGAGGUGUGGCCAAAUAUAAUAUUCGAGAUCUAAAGAGAGAAAGGGGAGGCGGCAGGGUAAUUAUAUUUAGAAAGUUAGAGAAAGAAAGAGGGGGGUUGGUUGCAGAAACAGAGUCCAAAAGGAGAAGGAAACAAGACGAGAAGGGCCGAAUAUCGAGCCUAUGGAAUCCUAGGAUUGAAUUGGACAUGUUGAACCUCCCACCCUUCUUCUUCUGAUUCAAAACCCUAAUUUGUUGUUUCCUCAAUGGACGUCCUCAAUAAGCUUCGGCACCUCGAUGCUUACCCUAAGAUCAACGAAGAUUUCUAUAGUCGGACCUUAUCAGGAGGCCUAAUCACGAUAUUCUCAUCCAUUUUUAUGCUCUUGCUCUUCUUCUCUGAGCUCAGAUUGUAUCUUCAUGCAGCUACAGAAACUAAGCUGAUGGUAGAUACUUCAAGAGGUGAAACUCUUCGUAUCAAUUUUGAUGUUACUUUCCCUGCACUUCCAUGUUCGAUUCUCAGUCUCGAUGCUAUGGACAUCAGUGGAGAGCAGCACCUUGAUGUGAAACAUGAUAUAAUAAAGAAGAGGAUCGAUGCUCAUGGUAAUGUAAUUGAGGCUAGGGCAGAUGGAAUUGGUGCACCGAAGAUUGAGAAGCCUUUACAGAGGCAUGGUGGAAGGCUUGAACAAAAUGAAACAUACUGUGGUUCUUGUUAUGGUGCUGAAGGGUCUGAUGAUGAAUGUUGUAACUCAUGUGAAGAGGUUCGUGAAGCAUAUAGGAAAAAAGGUUGGGGUCUUACAAAUCCCGAUUUGAUUGAUCAGUGUAAAAGAGAGGGUUUUCUCCAAAGGAUUAAAGAGGAAGAUGGUGAAGGAUGCAACAUCUAUGGGUUCCUGGAAGUGAAUAAGGUUGCUGGAAAUUUUCAUUUCGCUCCUGGGAAAAGCUUCCAACAAUCACAUAUUCAUGUGCAUGAUUUAUUGGCAUUUCAGAAAGACAAUUUUAAUAUAAGCCACAAAAUAAAUCGACUGGCUUUUGGAGAUUAUUUUCCGGGUGCAGUCAAUCCUCUUGAUGGGGUUCAUUGGGAGCAAAAAGCACCAUCUGGAAUGUACCAGUACUUCAUAAAGGUGGUUCCUACUGUCUACACUGACAUCAAGGGGAAUACCAUCCAGUCAAAUCAGUUUUCGGUUACUGAGCACUUCCGGAAUUCAGAAUUUGGUCAUGGUCAAACUCUUCCUGGAGUUUUCUUCUUUUAUGACCUCUCUCCAAUUAAGGUGACUUUUGUGGAGACGCACGUUUCGUUCUUGCACUUCCUGACAAAUGUUUGUGCUAUAGUUGGAGGUAUUUUCACUGUUUCUGGUAUAAUUGAUUCAUUCAUAUACCAUGGCCAACGAGCAAUCAAGAAGAAAAUGGAGAUUGGGAAAUUCAGCUGAAAUUCAUUUUCCUGGUGUGGCCCCUUUUCUGUAUGCAAUGGAAUAGCUUUGGCCUGAAAUUGGUCGAGAAAAUCUGGUAAUCGUUUUUUGAGAGUGGAGCUAAGUUAUCGCAUAGAUUCAUUUAACAUACUUUUUAUAGCCAAUGUUUUUUUUCCCGGCAUGUACAAACCAUUUAAUUUUCAUAUAUUGUAUCAUUAUUACUGUAGGUCACUUUGCCUUUCUGAUAAGAGUUCGACCUAAAUUAUUGUGAAAGCAAAAUUAAUGAUUAUAAGAGGAGCCAUUGUGAAAGCAAUCUUACUUA